AUGAAGCGGUUGAAGAGCUACUACAGUCAUUUCCGGCACCACCAGGGUGCGUCGGCAGACCGGCGGCGCUGGAUCUUCCCACUGGCGAUCGGCUCCCUGUUCUCCCUCUUCCUCCUACUCCUCACCACUGUCUCUUCCCCCGCCGGGGUUCCUAUCUUUCCCUUCUACCGCUCAAUCUACUCCUUCAGCUCCAAAUUCGUGGAGCCCAAGCUGCAGCCUUUGCCGGUCUCUACUCUCCCUCCGCCGCCGCGGUUCGCCUACUUGAUCUCGGGGUCAAAGGGGGAUGGGAACAUGCUCAAAAGGACUUUGCUGGCUCUCUACCAUCCCAACAACCGCUACGUCGUGCACUUGGACGCCGAAUCGCCGCCGGAGGAGCGCGCGGAUCUGGCCGAUUUCGUUCGGGAUCAUAGGGUUUUCGUGAAAUUCGGCAAUGUGAAGAUGAUCACCAAGGCAAACCUCGUCACUUACAGGGGGCCGACCAUGGUGGCCAAUACGCUUCACGCUGCUGCAAUCUUGCUUCAGGGAAGGCGGAGAAGUGUGCCGACAGCUUUCAAGCUCUUCACAGGUUCUGCAUGGAUGGUGCUUUCUCGGCCAUUCAUCGAUUACACGAUCUGGGGUUGGGACAAUUUGCCUCGAACAACCCUAAUGUACUACUCAAACUUCAUAUCAUCCCCAGAAGGCUACUUCCACACAGUCAUCUGCAAUGCCCUCGAGUUCCGCAACACAACUGUAAAUAGUGACCUCCACUUCAUCGCGUGGGACAACCCUCCGAAGCAACACCCUCACCACCUGACUAUCGCUGACAUGGACAAAAUGGUUGAGAGUAACGCCCCAUUUGCUCGGAAGUUCAGGCAGGAUGAUCCUGUCCUCGACAGAGUAGACUCAGAGCUCCUGUCAAGAGGUCCCGGCAUGUUCACUCCUGGUGGCUGGUGCAUUGGGAGUCGAGGGGAGAACGGAACUGAUCCCUGCUCCAUCAUCGGUAACACCACAGUUGUCAGACCGGGCCCUGGAGCGAAAAGACUGGAAACGCUGAUUGGGUCUCUCCUAUCCACUGAGAAUUUCCGACCAAGGCAGUGCAAAAUGAUGAAAAAAGAAAAGAGUUUGAUAGCAUUUAUCGAGCAUGUCAGCAUACUGGGUACGGGGAACGAACGGUAA